AUGUCCCACGAUCUUAGCGAUGACGAUGACUUGUUUGAUUCCAACGAUGUGAAGCUCACAAACAAUCCGGUGCAUACGCAAGGUACCACUACACCAACGACGAGCCGUCCGUUCUCCAGCCAGCAGCUGCUUGAUCAUAGAAUGUCACAGUCCUACUACAAUACCCUGAACGUGCCAUAUCAGCCGUUUCUGCCUCCGCUGCAGGCGCAGUAUUACCCACAACAGCCCCCAUCAGCCACUUCGGCGUACAGCUCUGGUUUGGUGAGUGGUGCUGAGUACAACGAGAAGGUCAGGCCAGGCUCCGUUAUUGGCAUGCAAUCACCUCCGGUCAGACCAAAGGGUGUAGCAUUCAAGGAGCAGGAGCUGGAAUACCCCCAGUCCACCUACAUGCUUGGACGUAAUGGAAAUGGUAGCGAAUUCUUCGGUGGAUCACAAUAUGAGAUGGAAAGAAUUGACCCUUAUGAUUUGGACGGACCCUUGGGUGGAGCUUCGUUUGGAGGACACUUAAGGCCUUAUUCUCAACAUUUAACGUUCACUGGUGAUGAUUACUUGAUCAAUCCAUUGGAAGACGCCAACGACGACGAUGAGUUGGAUCCGUUUGGCGAUGAUGAUUCGUUAUUCUCUGAUACCGGUGAAGAAAUUGUCAGAAGAGGUACUACAAUCAGGAAAAGGGGAGGAGGCAAUGCUUCCGGUUCUGUAAGAAAAUCGUUAAGCAUACAGGGGAAGAAAAAAUCCAAGAAGAAGAAGAAGAGAAUGAGUAUUUUCGGAGAUGGAGACGUUGCCGAAGAGCACGAAGCCCUCGACGAAGACGAAGACGACGAUAUUCUAUUCCCAGAUGAAGACGAUUUCAGACCUCGUCUUAACUACACAAAAACCAUCAAGAAGGUUAUGUUGGUCAAUGGUAAUUACGUUAUCGAUGCACCUGUACCCAAGGCAUUACUCGAGAACUACGGGAAGACAAUCACUGAUGGUGGUAGAGAAAUGUCAUUUAUGAGAUAUACCGCCGCUACCUGUGGUCCGCUGAAUUUCUUAAGGUUUAAUUACUGCCUUAGACAGCCUUUAUAUUCACCUCCAAGGCAAACAGAGAUCAUGAUUUGUGUUACCAUGUUCAACGAAAAUGAAAUCUUAUUAGCUAGAACUUUGAAGGGUAUUUUUGCCAAUAUCAGGAAUUUGCUGAAGAGAUCAGAUCCAAUGUGGGGAGAAGACUCUUGGAAAAAGGUUGUUGUCACAAUUGUAGUGGAUGGUAGAGCCAAUUUGCAUGCAAGAGCUGAAGCCCUUCUAGUAGCUUUGGGAGUUUAUCAAGACGGGUACGCUAAAUCAAGAAUUAACGAUAAAGAUGUCAAAGCACACAUAUAUGAAUACACCUCCACAGUGGGAAUUGAAGCUGUUAACGAUAGAGUUCAUCUUGAGGCAAAUUCUACUCCGGUACAAUUCUUAUUCUGCUUGAAGGAAAAGAACGCUAGAAAGAUUAAUUCCCAUAGGUGGUGUAUGCAAUCAUUUGCACCAAUCUUAAAGCCAAACAUUAUCAUGUUAUUAGAUUGUGGUACACAACCAGCUAAAGAUGCAUUCUACUAUCUUUGGAGAGCAUUCAGAGAUGAAAACGUUGCAGGAGCAUGUGGUGAAAUGAGAGCAGCUUUGGGGCCCUCUAAAAAGCUUUUGAGUAACCCAUUAGUUGCAGCACAAAAUUUCGAAUAUAAAAUUUCCAACAUCUUAGAUAAACCGAUGGAAUCUGUCUUUGGAUUCAUUACGGUGUUGCCAGGUGCCUUUUCAGCAUACAGAUAUGAAGCCAUCUUAAAUGUAAAUGGAGAAGGUCCUUUGGAAAAGUAUUUCAAAGGUGAAUUCUUACAUCAGGGUGCAGAUAUUGAUGAGGAUGACGAUGAAAGGAAAUUGAAAGAAAGGAAUUACCAACAGGCUGGUAUAUUCACCUCAAAUAUGUAUUUAGCGGAAGAUAGAAUCUUGUGUUUUGAGCUAGUGGCCAAAAAACACCACAACUACGUAUUACGAUACGUAAAAGAAGCAACAGCGGAAACUGAUGUUCCUGAGAAAAUGGAUGAGUUUGUUUUGCAAAGAAGAAGAUGGCUUAACGGUUCGUUCUUCGCUGCUGGUUAUGCAUUGUUCCAUUGGAGCAAGAUUUGGAAAUCAAAUCAUUCCUUAGGGAGGAAGUUAUUUUUACAAUUGGAAUUUUACUAUCAAUUGAUCACUUUAUUGGUCUCAUGGUUUUCACUUUCUUGUUUCUUUUUAGUGUUCAGAAUUUUAACUCAAAAUUUGGGUUCUGAGGAUAUGAACUUCCUGGUAGGUGCAUACUUAGCAGUUAUCUUUCUAUGGUUUUACGCUGGAUCAGUUGUCGUGACGUUUGUCCUAGCAUUUGGUAACACUCCAAGGGGUACAAAGAAGUUUUAUGUGGUUAUAGCAGUAUUUUUUGCUGUUUUAAUGGCAUACUUGAUGUUUUCAGCUAUAUAUUUGGCUGUUCACACCGUUCAAUCCAUUUUGAAAGACAAUCCUCACUUCAGUGCGUUAAUGAUUUUCACGAAUUCGAAGUUUAGAGAUUUAAUUAUUAGUGUUCUCUCCACUUAUACGUUGUACUUCAUUGCUGCUUUCAUGUACGGAGAACCAAGUUUUAUGUUGACUUCAUUUGCCCAGUAUGUUUUACUUUCGCCAACUUAUAUUAAUGUUUUGAACAUUUAUGCGUUUGCCAACAUUCAUGAUAUUUCAUGGGGUACCAAAGACGUCGCCGUAACAAAAGAUUUAGGUGCUGCAAAAUCUAUGGGUAAAGAUAAGAAUGAAUUGGUUAUGGUUGCACCAGGAGAUAAAGAAGAGGUUAACGAAAGUUAUUGCGAAACAUUGGACAAUUUGAGAGCUUUGCCACCAGUUGAGAUACCAGCUCUCACUAAGAAGCAAAAGGACGACUCCUAUUAUGCAUUUGUCAGAACAAUGACAAUUUUGAUCUGGAUGUUGACAAAUGCAAUCUUAAUCAUUAUUGUUUUGGAUACUGCCGGUUUGGAUACUUUUACUGGAGUUGAUGAUUCACAAGAGACUAUGAAUAAACAUGCUCAGACAUUCUUAUCGAUCAUUUUAUGGAUCGUUGCCGGAUUAGCAGCCUUCAGGUUUAUUGGAUGUACUUUGUAUUUGAUCUUUAAGGUGUUCAGACCUUUGAAAUGGAGACUUAUGGCCAGAAAGAAUAUCAAAAAGGGAACUCCAAGAUUAAGUUAA